UUUCUGUAAAUUAAAUAUGAUUAUUUCACCAAUAUGUGUUUGUAUGUAAGUGAAGUCAUUUACACGAACUUGUUUAUCCACAAUUUUACUUUCUUUAGAGUUGAUUACGAAUUGCAUAUUCAUGUGCAAUGGCCAUAUGUGUAUAUAUGUUAUGUAUUUAUGUGUAUACAUAUUUGAUUGAGCCUUUUCAAUUGUUUCGAGCUGUGUGACUUGUUUUUCUGCAUCUACCGGCUUCUAUUGAGCAAUUGCAUUUUUGUUUUGUUUAAUACUCGAACACACACGACAAGUGGUUCCAGUUUUCAAAAGUUUUUCGCUGUUGAAUUGUCGCAUGGUAAUUCUUGUUGGUGUUACAUUAACAUCAUUACGAUUACUUGCUGCUGAAUUAGUUGAAUGGAGAUGCAGUCGACGUACUAGACUUGCAAUACAAAAACUGUUUAUGCAUUUGAGUUGUUAACACACUUACUAUACUCGUGUAUGCAUAUAUGUAUUACAUUUAUGUAUUUUCUGCCUCAUAUUAGUUAUAAGGCAUUAUACCAAAUCACACAUCAAAUUAUGCCAUUCAUUCCAACUAUGAUACUUAGUUCCACUUCCCUGUGAGUAGGUAAGCCUUUGACAGACAACAGGAGUACGCUAGAUGCUACAACAAAACAGUAAAGAGGCAGUUAUUUACUAUUUCCCAGUUCGUUUAGAGACAGGUUUUUGGCGAAAAUUGAGUUACCUGCACUGCAGAUGACUUCCGAGCUUCCGUUUUUGGUAGUUGUAGCAAACAGUAGGCACACAUAUCUGCGUACAUGGAAAUGCAUAUACUGUGGCAAACUACCCCACUUGCUUUCUUUGUCGUCGUGACGCUUUUCCUAUGAUAUAAAUGGCAUUGUGCCUCUACUGGAGGUUUAUUUAACGCUCUGACGUGAAUGUGUAUUACGAGUUGCUAAGCGAAUAUAUUGCUACGGGUAUAUUGCUUUCAGUUAUAUCAAGGAGUUCAAACGUGUUAAGGAUGACUAGAAGUGUGUUUUAUUUCUCUUGGUUUAUGGUGCUGAGCAUCGUUGCAGCUGCUCCAUCGAAACACUCUGAUCAAGUGGUGCCCUCAAACAGUGACAAAAUGAGCACCACAGUGAUACCAAAAUACCCAGUUGAAGAUAUUCAGUUAAUGCAACCACAUUAUAUUACACUUCAAGAUUUCGAAUCGUUGCUGCGUCGCGCUGGGGAGCUGUUUCGGCCCAAUGCUUAUCUAGUAGAUGAAACAACAUCAACACCGUCACAGAAAAAUACCAAAAGUAAAUCUAUAGCCACUCCUACUGACGUGUCUGUACCGUAUCGCCAAAUCCAACCGCCUGCGUCACAGCCCUUUAAUUUCUACAUGCCAGUAUUCGACUACGACCAUGGCAAAUUGGAUAUGAAAAGUAAGCAUUUGGAGCAUAUUGUACCACCACCUCUGCCUGGCAAGGGUAAUGAUCAUAUCAAUUACUAUGCCGCAAAACCAAAGAAAUUACCGAAAAAAUUCAACGCAGGCACUAAACAAGUUAAUUUGAAAUGGUUAAACACUUUUGAAAAAGAAGCGCUUACAGAUCCUAGUGGUCAAUUACCAAAAGCAGUGUAUUUACUUAACGAUGAACGGAAUCGUAUCAAUUUCGAUGAUUCUUUCUUUGGAGUGGAUAUGCAAGUUAAAAUUCCGAAUAAUCAACCACACAGGGAGGAGCAUGUUAGCAGUGCAAAUGCACAGGAUGAGUUUCUUAAUCAAGGGGAAGAGGGUGGUGAAGAAGAUUUGGUUGCGGCUGCAACUGGGCAAUCGAUACGAACUGUAGCACGCAUCUAGUCUAAGAGUUCAAUCUUAAUUUAUUUUUGCAAUUUAUGCAUGUAUAUGAGUGUGGGCCCCC